AUACAGUGAAGUAAAAUUCACGUGAUGAGAGGGAGGAACCUUCCAGACCUUUUGCGACAUCACAGCGCUUGAGUAAUACGUCCGGUUGCUUGUUGUAUUCCUCCUCGUUUCUAUACCAACACCCAAGGAGAUAUCUUCGUUCCUGCGCAGUGAUGGACGGGGGACUGACAGUCAUCACCAACCCCAUUGUGGCGGUGCGGUUGACCAGCACCCUGAGCUCCUUCGAAGUGAACAAGAAGUACAGCAGAGGCCUCUGCAUCGCCGACUUCAAGGGUAAGCUGGAGAUGGUGGUGGGUACGCCCGUGUCCUGCAUGGACCUGGAGCUGUACAGCACCAGCGACCAGUUCCUGGUGAAGAUGGACGACAACGACGCGCUGCUGGGCUCCUACCCCGUGGACGACGACUGCCGCAUACACGUGGUGGAUCGCAGUGGGGCGAAGGAAGGGGAGUUCAGUGACCUGUCCAAGGUGGAGAAGUUCACCAUCUCAGACGAUGCUUAUGCAAAGAAAUCAGACUCGGUGAGGUCCUUCAUGAAGAAGCAGAGGGUGGGUCGCUUCAACGAGGAGGAGAUGGCCGCCAAGGAGAGCGAGCAGGUCGCCCGCGACGCCAAGGAGGAGGCGGCGGCGAGCGCGAUCCCCGUGGGGAGCCGUUGCCAGGUGCAGGUCCCCGGGCAGCCCACCAAGAUAGGGGCCGUCAUGUAUGUCGGUACCGCAGACUUCAAGCCCGGCUACUGGGUGGGGGUGAAGUACGACGAACCCCUCGGAAAACACGACGGAAGUGUCGGAGGGAAGCGCUACUUUGAGUGCGAGAACAAGUACGGUGCGUUCGUGAAGCCCACCAACAUCACGGUGGGGGACUUCCCCGAGGAGGACUUCGGGCUGGAUGAGAUCUAAGCCGCCGUGUCCCCCCCCCCCCCCCCCUGGGUUGUUCUGCCUUAAAGCCCCAUGUUGAUGUUCUACUGUUGCCUGUUCAGCCCCAGAGGGGCCCACUAAUAUCAGCCCGUACCAUGCGUCGUUAUCUCCUACUCACCCCCACGAAUCAAAACGUUAGCGUGCUAGUGCCCGGAGCCCUGGUACACCGGCGUCUCCCGGUAACGAAGCCUUCAUCUUUAUCGUAGUAACGAGGUUGCAGUCCACUCUAGGUGACGAAGACUGUUUGUUAAGGUCACAUUUUGACAGUUGGCAGGCGUUUAUUAGCUGCAUGAGUGACACUAGCAGGGGGCGCUGUAAGGGCUGUCUUUAGUUCAAUGCACUUUCUCCACUCCAGGAGUGACGAGUCUAAGAAUGUUUGAAUUGCGAUACACAUUUCAUGUUUCAUUUGAUUGAUAACUUUUUCAAUCAUCUUUAGUUCCUGUUAUAAAUAAUUGGCAGACUCUAAAGAUGGUUGCAUAUGAUUUUUGUAUAUAGCGUGUUCAUGGUUUUUAUAAUAAAAAAAAAAAGAAAAGAUCAUAAAGACUGACUUGACCAUACUGUAGAUGUGUUUUGAUGAGGAGCCACCAAACCAGGGCACGAACAACUGUUGAAUACAAAGGUUUACAUUGUCACAGCCGGAGCCCGAGAGUGAUGGAUGUGAAUAACACCAUUUGAAUAAAAGUCCUUGUGAGAAAUCCUCAA